AUGCUACAAAAGAAAAUCCUCGUGCCCAAGCGCCAGAAAAAGACUAUUGUUAAAAAGGAACCAGUAGAGCCUCCGAAACCAACUAAUUGUCGGUGCAAUGCACGGAUCCACCCACUGGACCUUCAAAUGCCCAACUGUUUAAAUUGCGGGUUUGUCUUGUGCGUACGCAACACUACCGGGUUCUGUCCUUCAUGCCAGCAGCCACUCAGCAAAUAUGCUAGCGCAGAUACAGAUGAGGACUAUUCGCGUGCAAAUAGUACACUGACAAGACUACUGAGCUACCAGCGAAGCAGUGCGUUACGCACUCAGAUCAUUGACCAAGUCAGUGAUCAUGCUCCAGUGUCGCAAUGGGCGUCGCCAGAAGAACAAGCUGCGCAGGCACGCGCACAGGCCAAGUCACUGCGGCGAGUACAGCAGCAGCAAGCACGAGAGAAUGGGCGGGGUCGGCAGGUAGUUUCGAUCAGUUUACGGGGGAAUAAGGUGAUUGUGGAGGAAAGUAAGGAUGACCCAGAAGAUUAUGAUGAUGAUGAUGAUAAUUUUGGGAAAGAAGAUCUGGGGCAAACUCCAAUACAGCCAAUCGACUUUGAAAAGGAUCCAGAGUACGUGGCUGAUCCAGAUGCUGGCAAGGAUAAUAAGAAAAGGUCACGGCCACUUAUCAAACCAGUGUACUUUGGAAAUACCCGGGAUCCUGGCCCUGAGAUUGACGAGGUGGCGUCUGGUGAGCCUUCGCGGCUACAACAGAACGAGGAUUACAGUACACAGCGAGUAUGGGAGAUGUAA